GCUCCGCGCCGCCGCCGCUGCCGCCGCGGCCGCCGCCGCGCCGCGACUUGAGGGCGGGAGGCUGGGGGAGGGUAGCGGAGCCGGCACCGUCGCCAUGUUGGGUCUGAAGCGGCUGCUGUAGGCGCCGACCUAGCGAGCGGGCGUGCGGAGCGGGCGACAGCGGCGUGGGAUCUGCCUCUCUGCGAGCGGCCCGGGGAGGCGGCGGCGGCGGCGCCAUGAGCGGGGGCACCCCUUACAUCGGCAGCAAGAUAAGCCUCAUCUCCAAGGCAGAGAUCCGCUACGAGGGCAUCCUCUACACCAUCGACACCGAAAACUCCACCGUAGCCCUCGCCAAAGUUCGAUCCUUUGGUACAGAAGACAGACCAACAGAUCGUCCAAUACCACCUCGAGAUGAAGUCUUUGAAUAUAUUAUAUUCCGUGGGAGUGACAUUAAAGACCUCACUGUUUGUGAGCCACCAAAACCACAGUGUUCUUUGCCUCAAGACCCAGCUAUCGUUCAGUCCUCACUAGGCUCAUCGACUUCUUCAUUCCAGUCCAUGGGUUCUUAUGGGCCUUUCGGCAGGAUGCCCACAUACAGUCAGUUCAGUCCAAGUUCCUUAGUUGGGCAGCAGUUUGGUGCUGUUGGUGUUGCUGGAAGCUCUUUGACAUCCUUUGGAACAGAGACAUCAAACAGUGGUACCUUACCCCAAAGUAGUGCGGUUGGUUCUGCCUUUACACAGGAUACAAGAUCCCUAAAAACACAGUUAUCUCAAGGUCGUUCAAGCCCUCAGUUAGACCCUUUGAGAAAAAGCCCAACCAUGGAACAAGCAGUGCAGACUGCCUCGGCCCACUUACCUGCUCCAGCACCUGUUGGGAGAAGGAGCCCUGUAUCAACCAGGCCUUUGCCAUCUACCAGCCAAAAAGCAAUAGAGAAUCAGGAGCACAGGAGAGCUGAAGUACACAAAGUUUCAAGGCCAGAAAAUGAGCAACUCAGAAACGAUAACAAGAGACAAGUAGCUCCAGGUGCUCCUUCGGCUCCAAGGAGAGGGCGUGGGGGUCAUCGGGGUGGCAGGGGAAGAUUUGGUAUUCGGCGAGAUGGGCCAAUGAAAUUUGAGAAAGACUUUGACUUUGAAAGUGCAAAUGCGCAAUUCAACAAGGAAGAGAUUGACAGAGAAUUUCAUAAUAAGCUUAAAUUAAAAGAAGAUAAACUUGAGAAACAGGAGAAGCCUGUAAAUGGUGAAGAUAAAGGAGACUCAGGAGUUGAUACUCAAAACAGUGAAGGAAAUGCUGAUGAAGAAGAUCCACUUGGACCUAAUUGCUAUUAUGACAAAACUAAAUCCUUCUUCGAUAAUAUUUCUUGUGAUGACAAUAGAGAACGGAGACCAACCUGGGCUGAAGAAAGAAGAUUAAAUGCUGAAACAUUUGGAAUCCCACUUCGUCCAAACCGUGGUCGUGGGGGAUACAGAGGCAGAGGAGGUCUUGGUUUCCGUGGUGGCAGAGGGCGUGGUGGUGGCAGAGGUGGUACCUUCACUGCCCCUCGAGGAUUUCGUGGUGGAUUCAGAGGAGGUCGUGGGGGCCGGGAGUUUGCAGAUUUUGAAUAUAGGGUAAGUGUUAUUGUUAAUAAAUGUUUUGGGGUUGACAUGCAUUUUACAAGACUCAAAACAUUUUUACUUGUUUUUUGUUUAGGGUGAAAUUUAUUUGAGGACAUUAGAGUAACUUCCAUUUUGACUUUUCAGUAGAGGAUAUAUGUGAUUUAGAUGUGUUGAAGAAACUAACUUCUUGGCUAAUGAACCUAAAAACUUUUUUUCCCAAUGGUUUUCUUCUCAAUGGAAGGAAGUAAGAGCUAGGUGUGAUAUCCUUUCUUGUCUUUUUAUUAUAGAACUAUGGUGUCACAUUUUAUGGAUGGGCAAAAUUUCCCCCAAAAAAAUGUAUUAGAAACUGACUUAGGGUUAUUUGGUUUUUCAUUUCUUCUCUUUUAAAAACUUUUUUUUUUGUAGGGGGCACAGUAGGGAUUACUAAAAACAUUAUACAAAAAAGGACAAUGUAAUAUCACCUCUAUUUCAUGUUAUAGAAAACACUUUUAACACCAAAAGUUUCUGUCUAGGAAGCACAUACUCUCAAAAUGAAAGGCAAGUGUUCACAUUUAUAUGGCAUACACGAAGUACCAGACAUUGUUUUGUUUUCUGUUUUUUGUUUUCGAGACGGAGUCUCACUGUCUACUCAGGCUGGAGUGCAGUGGCACGAUGUCGGCUCAUUGCAACCUUUGCCUCCUGGUUUCAAGCAAUUCUCCUACCUCAGCCCCUCCUGAGUAGCUGGGAUUACAGGCACUUACCACCAUGCCCUGCUAAUUUUUGUAUUUUUAGUAGAGACAGAGUUUCACCAUGUUGGCCAGGCUGGUCUCGAACUCAUGGUCCACCCUCCUGAGCCUCCCAAAGUGCACAGGUGUGAGCCACUGCACCUGGUCCAGACAUUGUUUUAAAUGUUUUUUUACAUAUUAACUUAUUUAAACUGCACAUCAACUCUGUGAGUUAGGUACUAUUAUUAACCCUAUUUUACAAGUGAGGAAAUAGGUGUAGAGAUAUUAAGUAACUUGCCAAAGGUCACAUAGCUAGUAAGUGAUGGUGCUUGUUGUUGAGCCCAACAAGUUAGCUCCUGAGUCACUAUUCUUAAUUUGGUUUUGAGAAAAAUUCACUACAUUUUCCCAGGUUUUCUCCUUUCACCAUGAUCUUGAAAAUGUUUCGGUAUUGGCCUUCAGGAGCUGCUGCUGCUAGAGAAUUCUAUAACUCUCUGUAGUAUCCUUAUGUGUAUAAUUUAGCUUUUGACAGGCAUCUGCAAAUUAAGCCAGCAUAGUAACUAUCUCAGUUAAUAGUAGACUAUCUUAGUUUAUUGAUUUUAGAGGUAGUGGAGAGGAAAGGCUAUAAUAGAAAGGAUCAAAAUCUUGUAAAGAGCUCCACUCAUAAUAGCAACAGGCAGCUAAAAACAGAAUGACCUGUUAGUAGGAAUUCCAUUGCUCAGCACUUAAAACUGGCCAUUGUUGAGAUCUCUCUGGAAAGAGUUCAGUAUUAGUGGCUUUUGAACCUGCUCUCUUAAUUUUGAUGCCUUUGAUAUUGUGCUAUCACAACCAAGACUGCCAAAAAUUAUGCUCAGGUCACCAGCUUAUGCUUCCCAGCUGGGAGAAAUCUGUCUUAGGAACUCCAAAAUAGUCCUUACUUAUCACUGUUACUGUCCUUAAGGUUGCCAGUGACACCUUGCUUACAAAAUUCAGCAGUAGUAUUUUCACAAAUAUUUUAUUUGCCAUUAACUCCUCUCCAAUAUUUGACACUGACCAACUACCCAGUUUGGGGUCUUUCUUCCUAGUUUUUAAAAUACUCUUCUAGAUUUUUAGUUUAUACUCUUCCUAAAUUUUUUUAAUACUCUUUUUUUAUCAGGGUCUUGCUCUGUCACCCAGGAUGGAGUGCAAUGUCUUGAUUGCCUCCCAGGCUCAGGCAAUCCUCCCACCUCAGCUUCCCACAUAGCUGGGACCACAGACAUGCACCAUCAUGCCCAGCUAAUUUUUUAAUUUUUUUGUAGACAUGGGGUCUCACUCGCACUGUGUUGCCCAUGCUGGUCUUGAAUUCCUAGGCUUAAGCAAUCCUCUCGCCUCAGCUUCCCAAAGUGCUGGGUGUAUAGGCAUGAGCCACAGUGCCUGUCCCAUUCUCCCUUUUGUAACCCUGUCCUGGACCCUAUGUUUUUAUACUGUAUCUCUUAUCUUCACUGUCCUGCUGUCAGUUUGAACUUCCUCAGACUGACCUCGUAAUUUUCCUCCUCUCCGGUCAUCUCAGCUCGUAAUUUUCCUCCUCUCUGGUCAUCUCAGCUCGUAAUUUUCCUCCUCUCCGGUCAUCUCAGCUCUGCCUCCUCCCAGUGUUCCAUGUUGGCUCAUGGUAUACUGCCCAGGUACUGGAGGCUCACGGUAAACUGCCCAGGCACUAGAAGUAUCCAUGAUUGUGGUCUGUUGCAGGUCAUCACAUUUAUUCCUUUGAGAUAUCCCUGUCAAAUACUAUGAGAACCCAUCAGUCAAGCUUCAAACCUUCGUCUCUCUUUACCCCACUUUAAGGCAGAUCAGCUACAUUUUGAAGAACCUAGAAGACCACAUUGAGUCAGCUUGUUUUGAUAAAAAGUACGUUUAAAUUAGACUUUGAUCCAAGUGAGAAUAAUAGCAAUAGUUACUAGUAUGACGUUUCAGACCCUUAGUUUUGACAUUUGUGGAUAAAGAGUUGCACCACUUAUUCUAAAAUAGACCUUUUAAAGAUCAUUAAACUUUCAGAGUUAGAAAAAUCUGAGAGGUCUGACCAGGUUAAAGCAUAAACCUCUUCUGCAGUAUCUCUUAUAGAGGCUGGGAGCUUACUCUUCCCAAGGGCAUCUAUCCUACCCUAGGAAUGUUAUAAUUGUUAAGAUCUCACAGACACACAAAGUCUCUGCCUUUAUCUUCAACCUGUUUAACUCUACCCUUGUAAAUGCAGAGAAAAAAUAUACAUGACUUCAGGAUAAUUUUUCAGAUAUUUAAAGAAAUAGCUAUCGUGUUUUCUAUGUGUAACCCGACUGUUAUUUCCCUUUCUCUGAACACUCAUUAACAAACCUUCCAGGCUGGGUGCAGUGGCUCACGCCUGUAAUCCCAACACUUUGGGAGGCUGAGACGAACAGAUCACCUGAGGUCAGGAGUUUGAGACCAGCCUGGCUAACAUGGUGAAACUCCCAUCUCUACUAAAAGUAAAUAAUUAGCCAGGCAUGGUAGUGCACACCUAUAAUCCCAGCUACUCCAGAGGCUGGGGCAGGAGAAUCGCUUGAACCCAGGACUCAGAGGUUGCAGUGAGCUGAGAUCACGCCACUGUACUCCACCCUGGGUGACAGAGCAAGACUCCGUCUCAAAAAAGAAAAAGAAAAAAACAAACCUUUCACUCAGUAACUCUGUGUGCUACACAUGCUUAAUAAUACAAACAUUUUUUUGAAGUCAUGUCACACUAUUUAUCAUCUUGAGCCUUUGAUAAAACUAUCACACAUAUAUUACAGAUGGAAAAUGCAUCGUCGUAGUUAUCUGCGUGCAUCUUUAUCCAUGCUUCUAUAUCCUUGACAGAUAGUUCAGCCUCUACUUAGGUGUUUCCAGGAGUGAUGAACUCAGCAAACCCUCCUAACCCAGUGGUUAGGAGGCUCAGUUGUGACAUUACACUCCCUACUCUGAACUGUGUGAGGAUCCAACUUGAUACAUUUGGCCUCAUUCAUCAUUACCCCUUAACCUAUCUGAUUCAAGCAGGUUCCCUCAUGGUUAUCUCUCAUACACAUUGUGCUUGAUUCCAACUCCAUCCUCAUUCAUUUUCUAAAUACACAUAAUUCUUCAGAUAUGCCAGGAACUCUGUUGAGCAUUGGCACUGACAGAUGCAGGCCCACCCCUUUUGAUGUUUCCAUUCUGGUGGGAGGCAGACAUAGCUAAAAGUCAGAUCCCCCCUUUCACUUACCCUUUACAACAGCCUUGUCCAAGUUUUGCUCUGUCUUCUCUUCCUUCCUGAUUUCCUCCUUUUACUGACCUGUGGCUAUCUGCUUUCUUUGGCACACAUUUUAAAUACACUCACAUUCCCUAUUUUUUUGUAUUUAGUUUUAUUCUGUAUCACUAGCUAAAUGAGAACCUCUUGGCUUUAAUGAAAAUGUAUUUUACUUUUCUUUCCACCACAACAUGCUGCAGCUCAACAUGAAGCCAUAGUGGGCUUGAAGUAAUUGCUUAUUAUGUUAAUUAGGAAUUCCCCACUCCAGCCUUCAGUGAGGCCAACAUCUGUCAGUGUGGCUAGCCCCUUGAUUUUUCAUUCCAGAAUUGAAUAACCCUUUCAUCUGCCACUAGAACCCUGACCCCAGCAGCCCUACACCUCCUAAAUCAUAAAAUCAUUUCACCUGGCACCUUUAAAGGUAGGAAAUGGUGAGUGACCAGUGUCACAUAAAGGAGAUUUAUCUCUGAAGAUUAAACUUGUAUCUGAAACAUCUAACACGUCCUCCCAGAGAUGGACAUAGAUGACAUUUUCUGCAGCCUUCAUGAAAUGAGUUGGCUUUAUUUUUUGUGCUGUAUUAGCAUGAGUCAUUAUAGUUUGGGGGUAAGCAUAAACUAGCUUGGUUUAAUGAAAACAUGGGUAAAGAUAAAAAUCAUUAAGUUUUAGAAUCCUUAAAAGAAUCAGCCAAACUAGAAUCUCUCCCCUACCAUGCUUCCAUUAGAUGAUAAGGAAACUAAGGACCCCAAGAAGUUAAUUCUCAUGAUUGAGGUACAAGCUAACAAAGCCGAAACUCACUCUCUUGACUUCUAGCCUGAUUUUCCUUAAGGAUAAUGUGGGAAAUAUAGGCCAGUGCAGUGGUUUACACAUGUAAUACUAGCACUUUGGGAAGUUAGGGCAGGAAGAUUGCUUAAGCCCAGGAAUUCAAGGUCAGCAUGGGCAACAUAAGGAAUCCCUAUCUCUACUAAACAGUUUAAAAAAUAGCUGGAGUGGUGGGACGUGCCUGUAGUUCCAGCUAUUCAGGGGGCUAAGGCAGGAGGAUCACUUGAAUCUGGGAGGUCAGGGCUGCAACAAGCCAUGAUCACACCACUGCACUGUAGCCCAGUGACAGAGUGAGACCUGUUUCAAAAAAAAGAAAAGAAAUAUAAACUUAUCGUAAGUUUGGUUUUAUGGUGCUUCCCCCACCCCUUCUUUUUUGAGGUGGGAAUGGAGAUCAGGACUAGGAAUAAUAAUGUAACCAGCUCCUGUUUUGUAUGCUGCUGUCAGUGAGGUUAAGCCACCAUGGUGGGUGAUAAAGAUUACAUCUGUGUUUCUUUAGAUGGGGUCCAAAGACAAUAAGGUGUCUGAAUGACUCAGCGUGAUACUCUCUCUCCUCUCCCCCUUUCAUUUUCUCCUGUCUCUUUUUUUCUUUCUUUCUUUUUUUUGUUGUGUUUUUUUUUUUUUUUUUUUUUUUUU